CAGAUACCCCCUUUCCACUUAUGCAGUUACCCUGUUUUUGGUAAGAUUUAAACUUUUACUCCGUAGUCUUUAAGUUUUAAGUUAAGAUUCUUACCAAGUGAGGUUCGGGAAAUUAAUACCCGAAAAAACGGCAAUAAAUUGAAGAAAAAUGCAGAAAAAAACAGCAUACGUAGCGGCGGUUGCAAAGACAGGGAGAGAUAGAUAGACGAUUAGCCGAUUAUUCGACGAGUGAGUGGGGUUAGGGGAGAAGUCCACUUCUCUCUCCUCUGACAUUCCACCUUCUCUUCUUCCUUUUUUCCCAUUUUACCCUUCUCUAUUUCUUCAUAUCCUCUCCUUCUGUCUUCUUCCGUUAUUCUAUGAAAAUUACAGUUUUUUUUUUUUUUUUCCUUCUGUAUUUUCCAUUUCUUCUUCUUGUCUCUGUUUCUCUCUCCUCCCUACUAUAUAAUUGUCUCCUUUCUCUCACCUUUUUCUUUAAAAACUAUUCUUCCCUAAAAAACGCUUCAUUUUCCACUCAUAUUCGUGUUCACAUUCUCCCCAAUGGUCGAUUUAUAAGAUUGAAUAACUUUCCAAUUUAAGAAAGUUUGCCGUUAAAAAUUUAAGUUUUGAGGUGAAAAGAUGCCUGGGGUUGUUGUGGAGGGAUUAAAUGAAGAUGGGUUAGAAGCCAAUGUGACACCCAGUAAGGAAACUUCUGUUCAGAACAUGAGGUCUCCAAAGAGUACAUUGAGCCCUCAAAGUCCUAGGAGUGUUGAGGAGGAAGAAGGUCAAUUGGAGGGGGGUGUUGACACCUCAAUUGAGCAACUUUAUGAUAAUGUGUGUGAUAUGCAGAGUUCAGAUCAGUCGCCUUCGAGGCGUAGUUUCAUGACCGAGGAUGAUAACGAGUCUCGAAUUGAUUCCGAGUUGAGACAUCUUGUGGGUGGAGGAAUGAGGGAAGUGGAGAUCAUGGAAGAGGAAGUAGCGGAGGAGGAAAUUCAUGGUGAGUCUGAUAAGGGAGAAAAUGGUUCUGGUGGUGAGUAUUCGGGUUUGAUGGAAAAGACUCGAUCUUCGAGUGCAAAAUCUGCAUCUUCAGGGAAUUCUAAGAAGGCUUCCGUUUUGCAGCUAGAACCUGAGGAAUGUACAAAACCUAGUCCAGAGAAGAAAACUGAGAAACAGAAUGGCAAAAUAGUGAAGAAAAAGGCAACCCCUCCUAAGAAGCAGAGGAAUUUCCCACUUGCAGGAUCUGAUUCUGCCUUGGAUAACCCAGAUCUUGGACCCUUUUUGCUAAAGCAAGCUAGGGAUUUGAUCUCGUCAGGAGAUAAUCUCCACAAGGCUCUUGAUUUUGCACUUCGAGCCUCAAAAUCAUUUGAAAUAUGUGCCAAUGGGAAACCCAGUUUAGACCUGGUCAUGUCUUUACAUGUUGUAGCAGCAGUAAAUUGUAGCCUUGGUCAGUAUAACGAGGCAGUUCCAGUUCUUCAGCGAUCCAUUGAGAUACCAGUUAUUGAGGAUGGUGGCAAUCAUGCACUUGCUAAAUUUGCGGGGAAUAUGCAACUUGGGGACACUUACGCAAUGCUUGGACAACUUGAGAAUUCAAUAUCAUGCUAUACUAAAGGGCUGGAAAUUCAAAGACAAGUCCUUGGUGAAAAUGACCCUCGAGUUGGUGAAACAUGCAGGUAUUUGGCCGAAGCCCAUGUUCAAGCAAUGCAAUUUGAUGAGGCUGAGAAGCUUUGUCAGAUGGCACUUGAUAUUCAUAGAGAGAGUGGUUCACCAGCUUCCCUUGAAGAGGCGGCAGAUAGAAGGCUUAUGGGUCUAAUCUGUGAAACAAAGGGUGACCAUGAAAAAGCUCUGGAGCACUUAGUAUUAGCUAGUAUGGCAAUGGUAGCCAACGGUCAAGAAAAAGAGGUGGCGUCUGUUGAUUGCAGCAUUGGAGAUACAUACUUGUCUCUCUCUCGAUAUGAUGAAGCAAUUUUUGCCUAUGAGAAAGCCUUGACAAGUUUCAAGGCAACUAAAGGAGAGAACCAUCCUUCAAUCGCUUCAGUAUUUGUUCGCCUUGCUGAUUUGUAUAAUAAGACUGGUAAGCUUAGAGAGUCCAAGUCAUAUUGUGAAAAUGCUUUACGCAUCUAUAGCAAACCUAUUCCUGGAAUCCCUCAGGAGGAAAUUGCAAGUGGGUUCACUGACGUUUCUGCCAUUUAUGAGUCAAUGAAUGAGCUUGAUCAGGCUAUUAAGCUGCUCCAAAAGGCUCUGAAAAUAUAUGGUGAUUCCCCUGGACAACAGAGUACAGUUGCAGGGAUUGAAGCACAGAUGGGAGUCAUGUACUACAUGCUUGGGAAAUAUACUGAAUCUUACAAUUCUUUCAAGAGUGCUGUUACUAAGCUCCGUGCCAGUGGAGAGAAGAAGUCUGCCUUUUUCGGAAUAGCUCUUAAUCAAAUGGGGCUCACUUGUGUCCAAUGUUAUGCCAUCAAUGAGGCAGCAGAAUUAUUUGAAGAAGCUAGGAGUAUUCUGGAGCAAGAAUAUGGUCCAUAUCAUCCCGAUACUCUUGGUGUAUACAGUAAUCUUGCAGGGACUUAUGAUGCAAUUGGCAGGUUGGAUGAGGCCAUAGAAAUAUUAGAAUAUGUAGUUGGAAUGAGAGAGGAAAAGUUGGGAACAGCAAAUCCUGAUGUGGAUGAUGAAAAGAGGAGGUUGGCUGAACUGCUAAAAGAAGCUGGCAAAGUUCGCAACCGAAAAGCUAGAUCUCUGGAAAAUCUUCUUGAUGCAAACCCUCAACAAUUUAAUGAUAAUGGUAUUAAGGUAUGAAGAAGUAUAGGAUUUAUUUAUAAGAAAGUAAAAGAGUAAAGAAAAAGGUGGUAUUGAAAUGAUUAGAUUCUUAUUUUGGAGGGUUUUAAAAAUAAAAUGCUUAAUCUUGUUGUGGUAUUGAUUCUUAAUAUCAUUCUUAUUUGUCUAAAGCUGUUGAUCUUCUCUAUUAGAUUCUGAUAUCAUACUUUGUAUAAAUGGCAGUCCUUUUGUACCUAUGAAUCUUUUCUUGCUUAAUUAAAGAAGUGAUACACAAGCAAUUUGUAUGUAUAUGUUCUUGAAUUCUUCAUGUCAUAUUGUAACGAUUUGGAUUAAUGUGAAUACUUUCCUGCUCUUUGAGCAUGCUUCUAGAA